UUGAGGCGUUACGAUGAAGUAACUAUGUCAAUCCAGGCCUUUUCCUUUCCUGUACCUGAAACCAGAUUUUUUCAGGCUGGACAUCAAGUCUUCAGAUUCAAGAUAAGACGAGGAGAAAUGAGCAGCAUUGAUAAGGAGGACAUGUUGGACGGGAUGCUAGUCACUGAGGAGCUGGAGAAUGCUGUGCGUGCAGUACUUGCAAACCUGGAUAGUCUUCGCCCCUUCACAACCCAACAUUUCAACAUUUUUCCCUACAAAAGUAAAUGGGAACAAGUGUCUAAAAUGAGGUUCAUGAAGAAGGGUGUAAAACUGUCUCCGUACCCCUUCGUUAUCACACUGUAUGUGGAAGAUCGUGAACCAGCCUUUCAAUGCGCAGUGACAAAUACCAAUUCCUGGAGCUCACCGGAGUCUACAUCGAAAAGAUCACAGUGGGCUAGUGAGCCAAUGAGGACAGUCCAAACCACUGCAAUGGGCCACCCAGAAGAGGGCACUAUAAGCCAACACAAGCAGAGGAAACUAACCACAGAAAACUCUCAGUGCAUUCAGGAGUCCCCUUGCUCGGCCAAUGGUGCAGAAGCGAUGGUUUGUGGCAGUGAGAUUCAUGCUGAUUUGGAUGUGCAUUGUCUACCAGCAUCAGAUUUCCCUCAAAGUCCUGUCCCAAAUUCAGCAGCUGGACCGAACACUGGCAUCAUUUCUAGAAUUGCGAGCUCUCUGUUUCCCUUCUCUCUAUUUUUCCAUAAGAGUCCUGCAAAUUAAAAAGUUCGAACCAUCAUUCCUCAACACUUCAGGAGCUCCAACCUGUUUGUUUUUUUAAGUUUUAAAAGUCUGUUUUAAGUUUUUUUAUAAGUUUUGAUUGGUCUGUUAUUUAAUCCAAUUUGUGCUCUUUUGUGCAUUCUGUUUGUGAAUUUCUUUUAAACGCAUCAAUAAUGGUGCUAAAUGUGUUCAUUUACACAGUAUGAGUGUCUCAAAUACAAAAAAAAAUGUUCAAACUGUUGCUUUGGGUAAAAAUACCUUUUGUUGCAUGUCACUCUCACUAAGCCUGAAAUUACAUCGCUUG